AUUGCAGACGGAGCGUACCACCAAGUUUUUGUCUCUCCAAAGAUUUUGGACUCCUCUGAAUUCUGCACUCAGGUGCUCACCAAGCUGUGCUUCUUCAAGCACCUUUGUGUGGCAUUUAUCAAUGAGGUGCAUUGCAUUAGCCAAUGGGGAGAAAGUUUUUGGCCAGAUUAUGCUGCAUUGGGCUCAUUCCAGGAUUGGCUUCCUGUUAAUGUGCCUAUGGCCAUAGCAUCAGCCACACUUCCCGAGCAUGUUAUGGAUGACAUACAGAUCAAGCUCCAGCUGAGCAAGGAUACCGCCAUGGUUGCUGUCUCAAAUACAAGGCCAAAUGUUGCUCUCUCUGUGCAGGGCAUAAAGUAUGUGGUCAGAACAAAGGGAGAUUUUUGUUUCAUGAUCUCUGAUAAUGCACAAUGUGUGACAAACAUACCAGUCCAGCUCAUCUAUUGCAACUUGCGCCGAGAAGUGAAAGACAUUGUCAAUGUCAUGCAGCAAUGGCUUCUGCCUGGUGUCUCACAAAAUGCUCACUUCAAUUGCAUUGCAUUCUACCAUGCAAAGGUUGGUGAGAAGAGAAAACGUGAGCUCGAGACAAAAUUGCACACAGGUGAGGUGCAGAUUAUAAUCUGCACUGAUGCAGUUGGCAUGAUCAGUCCAGAUCACAGUAGAGGCUGUGAUAUGUGUAACAUUGAGUGCAUCGUGCUCUGGGGGCUCUCUCCGUCCUUCUGUGUGCUUGUUCAGCAAGCCAUUAUGAGCAUGUUUGGUGAAGCUAUUCUCACUGUCCUGGCCAAGCUGCUGAAAGAUGGCAUUGAGUCAGCUGAAGUGGAGAAGCUAGUAGUCAAGACAGCUCAGAGUGCAGAGGCUAAAAACCGUGACCAGGAAGUGGACGAUGCAAACACAGCCACACUUCAGGAUGGUGUCCAGCAGAGUGGAAGCAGAGUGGCCGUGACAAAGAAGAAGAAGAAGAAGAAGAAGAAGAAGAAGAAGAAGCAGCGCGGCUCUGAGUGUAACACUCUUGAAGCUUGCUCACGCAUGGAGUUCACCACCACUUCCAAGUGCCAUUGCACUGUCUGGGAUCAGUUCUUCAACAAUAAGCAUAAAAGUGAGUUUCAAAGUGGUUCUAAACUGACAGCUACUUAG